AUGUUCGCGUUUUCUUCGUCUUUUAUCUUAUUUUGUUUACCUUCUUCUUCUUCUUCUUCUUCUUCUUCUUCUUCUUCUUCUUCUUCUUCUUCUUCUUCUUCUCUUUUUCCCUCUUAUACCUGUAUGUUCACGUUUUCUUCUUAUUUUUUUUUUCUUCUUCUUCUCUUCCUCCUCCUCUUCACCCUUUUUAUUCUUUUUCCUCCUCCUCCUCUUCUUCUUCUUCUUCUACUUCUUCUUCUUCUUCUCCCCCUCUUCUUCUUCUCUUUUUCCCUCUUAUACCUGUAUGUUCGCGUUUUCUUCUUACUUUGUUUUUCUUCUUCUUCUUCUCUUCCUCCUCCUCUUCACCCAUUUUAUUCUUUUUCCUCCUCCUCUUCUUCUUCUUCUUCUUCUUCUUCUUCUCCUCCUCUUCUUCUUCUUCUCUUUUUCCCUCUUAUACCUGUAUGUUCGCGUUUUCUUCUUAUUUUGUUUUUCUUCUUCUUCCUCUCCUCCUCCUCCUUCUGA